GAAUAUAUCUUCUGGAAGUCAUGGACGCGUAUGCUGCAGGAUGGCCUUACCUUGUUAUUGGUCUUCUGGAACUCUUCGUUAUAGCUUACGUAUAUGGUAUGGGAAAUUUUAUGGACGACUUAAAGGUCAUGACUGGAUGGAAACCUGGAGCUUGGAUACGAAGUCAUCUGCUAGUCACUAUUAUGACCAUUAGUCCUAUAGUCCUUGGGGUCAUUCUACUCUUGAGCUGGAUUAAUUUCGAGCCUCUUGUCAUGGGAGAUUAUGUAUUUCCAAUGUGGGGUAAUGCCAUAGGUUGGGCAAUGGCUCUUUUGCCUAUAUCUUGCAUUCCCCUAGCAGCAAUAUGGCAAAUCUCUACAAAACACAAAGAUGUCCCAUUACUUAAGAGGAUAUGUUUAUUGACAAAGCCAACAAGUGCAUGGAGAGCAAAUGCCAUCGCAAACAGUCCCAGCCAGGCUAGCAACGGCACCUUAAAUGGCUAUGAUAACCCUGCUCUGACGACUGAACCACCGCCAGUUUAUAGUUUAUCUCACUUAUAAUAAGUACACCCACCACAAAGAUGUUUAUUUUUGUAACUUUCUUGACAUGCCUGCUAAUAGUGGGCUACUGUGUUAAAAACUAAAUAUUGUGAAGCUAGCUCGUUGCAAUGCAUUUAUUGCCCACGAGGGAAAGAAUUACAUACAACUGAAACCUUUAGGAUUUAUCCAGGUUAUUAUCAAAGACAACAAGCUUGAAACAAAUAGUGAACGUCUUUUAUCAGACUAAAAACACAUAAAAUACUAUUAUGAUGUAUUUCAGUUUUACAGAGAAAUUAAGUAUUUUUGGAAUGAGCUUGAAUUUACUGAGAAACAUUACAGAAAAUACUUCCUUCAAAGUUAUGCUCAAAAUUUUUCAUGAUCACUUGAUCAUACAAACACAGAACUAUUAAGGUUGUGUUUUCAAAUACAAACUUGAUGUAGUUGAUGAUAUUGCUGUUACUUAUUAUAGUGUAUUUGAGCUUGGAGAGUUAUAAUGCCACAGAAGUGGAAUGCUUCACACAACAAUUAAACCAGGACUAUAAAAGAAAAGCUGCUGUAAAUUUGAAGCCAUGUUGAUUUUUGAUGCAUCAGUUGAUAAUUCUGCUACAACACUUUUAUCAGUGGACAUCUAAUAUGCAGUUAUUAUAGUUUAUGGAAUACACUGAAAGCAGAGAUAACUGGAUAUUUUUUUCAUUUUACAGAUUUAGAAGUAUUAAUGAUGCAUCAAACAAAAUAAAAACUAUUUAAGUUGUGCCUUCGAUCGUAUAACUAUUCUAUGUGGCUUCCCUCAUAACAGUUACACGAGCAAUGCCCGAUACAGCUCACUCUAGUAUGGUCUUCGUCACUGAUCCAAUGCAAUAAUAAUCACGGCCUAAUUUACAGAACUGGAAGCAAUGCAAGACUUCUUGCAGACACUCCUCUUCCUCUAAUUCUGCUCAGUGUGAUAGAUAUGAAAACAGUUACUUAAAAUAUUUCAUCAUUGCAGUCCUAGUUCACGAAUUUUAUCGUGGUGAGGAUUGCAUGAUUAUGUAUAUCAGGGGUUCUCAAAUGGUGGUAUGCAAGAGAAAAAUAGGUGGUACAAAAAAAGCAACCUAUUCUUAAAUAUUAAAUUAAAAAAUUAAAACCCCAACAUCCUGAUUGAAUUUUUUCUCUAACAGUCGUAAAUUUAUGCAAUCUGAGCUUUGUUCAAGAGUGGUGGUUAGAUGGUACGCCUUAGUCAAUUGUUGAAUGGCCUUGGGCAUCUUAGGGAUGAAUUUUAAAGGAGAAUGGGGGAUGGGUCCAGGGAUCUUUGCACUCCUCUUUCCGCAACACCAAAUCACUCGAGAGGACCUUUGGUUCGCCUGUAUUUUAAGUGCCAACGUGCAGACGCUGACAAAUUUCAAAUUUUUUCCGGGAUUUGAGCUCAGGCCCAACAAUAGUGCAUCCACCAACGCUAAUUACUAUACCGAUUAGGAUGGCAUUUGGUUAAAUAAUCUAAAGAUUUAUUAUUUUUUCAUUUAACGUUAUUUAAAAAAGUGCACUUUAACUAUCUACAUAUUUGUUUCCAUCUUUCAGUUUAUUAUGUACUGUAUAAGAUAUAAGCUCAAGACUCUGAUUUAAAACGAUAUAAGCUUAUACAUUUUAAAUCAUAGUCUUGCCUUUUUGAAAAGAACGGGGAUAAAGUAAAAAAUUAACGAAUUUUUACUGAUUUUAUUAUAAAACUCAAUGAACUAAAUCGAAAAAUAAAUAAAUAAAUAAAUAAAUAAAAAAAUAAAAAAAAAAAAAAGAGAGAGAAAGAAAAAAGCAAUAAAAUAGCUUAUCAAUUUAAAACAAUAAAGUAUGUGACCCCACCUGCGAUAAUCAAAUGACAUUCAUGUGACAUCCUGAAAUUCAAAUGUGAUUCUCAUUCAUCAGCUGAGAUUGGAAUUACAAGAUAGCAAUAUUUUAUGGAUCGAGGUUUCACUAGACAAUAUCAGUAGCAAAAAAUAACUCUAGACAACAGGCAGCAUCUAAUUUUUAAAGAAAAAUUUUUUUUAAAAAAAAGUAAUAAAUUAACAAAACUAAAAUAUGGAAUUUAAAAUUUUACUCUUGCUUCUAAUUUUAUAUUUUUAAAAAGUAUAAUAAAAAAUUGUUUAAACCUUUAUAUAUUUUAAAUAUUAUAGAAGGAUAUGGAGGCCUUUCUGAAAGUGGACACUUGAGAGGCCUUACUUGCCCUUAUCAAGCUUAUGUCAUCAUUUUUGAAUUUAUGCAAUGUUAUGAGAAAUGCACCACUGAAUACAACGGCAAAAUUAUGUAUGAUUUCAGUAUCACAGACCAUUCUAGAGCAACUAUGGGAUGAAAUAAAAUACCUCUUCUGCGUUUCUUGAUUAACUUCACAAUUUACAUAAAGCACUUACAACAAGACUAUUUGAUUGAUCGACUGAUUAAGGAAUGCAAGAAAAGCUAUCUGCCUAUGGGCCUAUGGGAACGUGUGAUUUCACGAAGUCUUUUUAGAAAGCAUUCUCACGAUAGUCAUCAUUACAGUCAUAAUCCUAAGGUGCAAAAAUCAUUAACUCCAUUUACAUCUGUAAAACAGGGUUUAAGCCAUAGACAGUCACGGAAGAUAAAAUUGUGCACGCACGAAUGUGCAGCUGACUCAGCGAAAUUGAUCAAAUCAUGCUUGUUUCCUAGUGAUUAAUCAGUUCUUACAAUAGAUUGUCAUAAAAUUGAACAGUUAGAGCAUUUAGACAAAAUCAUUGUACCAGUAUCGGUGAUGUAGCGAGGUCUAGUUGCAUAGAAACAAAACUCAGCUUAUGGCACUUGUGACAGCAAAGCCCUCUUUGCAAAUGCCCCAUGGCUCUUUCUCAUGUUACAGGAGAAAACCAUAAAAAUCCCAUGCAGCCAUCCAAGCACUAAAAUUCCAGCCUGGGUAGAAAUAGCAGAGUUCAGCUCUUUUAUUGAUUCUGCCACUGAUAGGCACACUUAAAAAAGAAAAGGCAAAACUUAGUAGAUUUUUUUUCCUGUUUGAUGUUUCACUAUCAAUCUGCAUUUGUAAAUUCCCCAAAUAUAAAUCAUUUGAUAUCUAUGAAACCUGUGUCUUAAUGUUUUACUUUUAAGAACUCAUUCUACCAAGAGUUAUGUAUUAGAAUAACUCGCAUUAUGCUUUUCGUAAGGAUUAAACAUUUUUUCUGUGCUUUAUCGUUUUGUAGAACCUAAUACGUUACAUUUCUUAUUUAUUCAGUCACCUGUGUUAACUAUUAUUUUUUCCCGUGGCAAAAAAGAGUUCUAAAGCUAUUAUUAUUUAUUACAUUAUGCAUUGUGGUUGUUCAAUAAGUGCAUUUUCCCAACAUAAAAAAAGUUGGACACGUACUGAAACUGAGCUAAUUCAACAAAUUUUCUGACUGUGCAGCCAAACUUUUAAAAUCUUGUAGCAUGUUUUUUUUUUUUUUUUUCUUUUUUUUUGGGGGGGGGGGAGUAAAAAGAUUAUUAAAGGGUGGGUAAAACAGUCAGUAAAUAUAAAUUUUCAUCCUACUCCUUAAAUGGACUGGCAUGACUUUCAUGCUGAUAUUUGAAAGUUAUACGCACAUUUUAAAGUGUAAAUAAUGCUAUUUUAUACUUAUAAAUGAGAAAAUUAUUCUCAACUAUUACAUAAAAACAAUUGCAUAAUUAAUCAAUUUUAUGUAAUUUCUUUAACAAUCUAAAGUGUAACCAUUUAAUCAAAUUGAAAUAUAUGAUUUAAAAAUACUUAUGAAUAUUAUGAGUCGCCAAACUUUGUUAAGAACAAUGGAAAUCUAAUUUGUAUAUAUUUAUGUAUAUUUAAGUAUUCUAUAUUUUAUGUAAUAUAUUUUUGCAGUUGAAAAUAAAAUUUGAUAUGAGUGUU